CGGAGGAUGAAGAUCGCAUUAACAUCGUUGUGCACUCAUGAUGGGAUCGCUUUAGUGGAUGCUCUUUUAUAUGGCCCACUAAUGUUGGCAAAGAAAGUCAACUUAUAACUUCAGCAUAUUUGCACACAGUUGAAACAUGGGCUUCUGUGCAUAAAUCUAUCAGACAUGGUCAUAAAAUAAACAUGGGCUGUCUAACAAGCAGACUCUGGCAUCCAUCUGCUGUUCACCGACUGGAGGACCCUGUCUUGAUGUCUGAUGAAGCACCAGGAAAUCACAUGCACAUGGCAGUAGCCUUGUGUAACUUUCCACUUCAAAGGUCUGAUGAACACUCAAUAUUGUUAGGAGACAGACUGAACAUUAUAUCAGAAGAUAAUGACAUGCUGACGGUUCGUUCUGCAUCAACUGGCACAGAGUUUUUCAUUCCCCACGCCUACGUUUGCAAAGUGCAUAAUCGGUGGCUUUUUGAAAGGAUCACAAGGAAAAAUGCAGAACAACUUCUUAUGCUGCCUCCAAACUACUCUGGAUGUUUUCUAAUUCGGGAAAGCCAGUCAUGCCCGGGUUCCUACUCACUUUCAGUGCGGCAAAAUGGAGGCCAUGUGCACAAUGUAAAGCACUACAGAAUCCAUCAGCUCCACAAUGGCUGGUUCUACAUCCACCACAGCAACUACUUCUCCACUCUCACCCAGCUGGUGGACUAUUACUCACGGUCUUCUAGAGGUACGUACUUUCAUCUGACUGAACCUUGCUUACUUCACGACUCCAACACAGCUGUAACACACAGACCCACACCUGUAACAAUCCAGAGGUCCAACCUUAACUGGAGAGAUUUGUCCAGGUCGAUGGUUCAAAGGCAGCUAAAUGGAACUAACCAGGAGAGUCUUGUCAGUGAAGGAUUACGAGAGACUAUGAAAGCAUAUUUUUAUGUCACAGAGUCAUCAGACUGUGAGGACUGAGUGACAUCCAACACAGAACAGACCUGUGAGAGACUGAUGAAGUUAAGUUAAAGAUGUUUUGGGUAUGUGGUGGGCAUUUUGAACACAGUCCAUUUCUAGUGUCGAGCACGAUUCAUGAUGUUUUUUUAAUUAUUUGAGGAUUUUUUUAAUCAAGUUUUUUUAUGUAAUAGUAGUUUUGUAUCUGUCGUUGGAUGAAUAACUUUGGGAAACUACAGAGUAAAUUCCUCAGUUUUCAGUAGGACCCAACAGAAAACAAAGUAGCAAUACAAACAAAAUAACAAAGUAUAAUAUAAUUAUUUAAAUGCUUUUAUUUUACUUUUGCAUUUAAUGUAACAAUAUUUUUUAAAUCUGCAGUUUUUAUAAUGUGUCAUUAACGUUGUCAAAACGGGGUCACCUUUUUUAUCCACGUGACAACUGAAAUGUUUAUGUAUUGUGAUCGUGAUUUAUAUGACAGAGAACAAUUUUAAUAAUUUAUAUAAUCCCUUUAAAUAUGUAGCAAAUAAGGUAGCUGCCUCUGUAUUAUGACUUAUACUUUUAUUUGAAAAGGUAUAAGUAUACUCUUAUUUACAGUCAUUUAUUUUAAAUACCCUGUAUUCGAAGUAAAAUACAAUCCUUCAAAAUGAAAAAUAUUUUUUGUCACAAAUGCUAGUUUGCUGGCUUCUUUCCUUUUAA